AUGAAUACAGGAUCAGUGAGUGAAAUGGUUGUGAAUCAAGAUGUCACUGAAAACAGAAAUAUUUCCAUCCCGUCUUAUUUCUAUAUCAGUGGUUUUUCUGGAAUACCUCAUAUGAGAUACUAUUAUAUAUUUCUGUUUUUUGUCUACAUUAUUACUGUGCUUGGGAAUUCUUGCCUCAUGUUUGUUAUCAUUAUGGACCGAAAUCUUCACACUCCUAAAUAUAUAGCUGUCUUUAAUUUGUCUUUGACUGACAUUAGUGAGAGUACUGCUGUGAUCCCUCAGCUACUGGAUACGUUUUUGUUUGGGAAUCAGUUGAUCCCAUAUGGAUUGUGCAUGUCCAGUAUGUUCUCUGUUUUUCACUGUAUCUGACUGCAAUCAAUGACUCUUACUAUUUUGUCUUUUGACAGAUUAGUAGCUAUUUGUUUACCACUGAGGUAUCAUAUGCUUGUGACCCACAGAUCAAUGCUUGUUAUGAUUGGUGCUUCAUGGAUAAUAGGACUGUCGAUAGCAACAGCUGCAAUCAUUUUCCUGACUAGACUGUCUUUCUGCAGAGUUGUUGUAAUCGUUAAUAGUUUCUACUGUGAUCAUGGGCCUAUAUCACGUUCUUCCUGUAGCGAUUAUUUUCCGAGCUUUGUGAUAUCAUGUGGGGAGGCCUUCUCGUGGAUGGCGUGA